AUGUCGAUGUCCAGGAUUCUCUCAAAAAGAGCCGCUCGUGCGGCAUCAACCUCCACUGCGGCGCAGACAACUAAAGCCGCCGGUGACAUCUCUUCGGUUUUCCCCAGUUUGAGACCGGACUACAAGCCGGAGCCUCUUCCUUCGCGUUUUAGAGAGCUCAAGUUGAAGUUCUGGGAGAAGAAUGAAAAAGCCUUGACAGAGAGCUGGAAACGGCUCCUGCCUAGCAUGGAAGAGGAAGUGGAAACAAUCAAGUCUAAAGGUAGUGAUAUUAUUCCUUCGGUGGAAUACGCCGAUGUGGUGUCAGGGAAGAUCUCCGAGGAAGACCUGAAAGAGAUCCGCCACCGAGGCACAGUGGUAAUUCGCAAUGUCAUCCCUCGGGACCGGGCCUUGGACUAUAAGCAACGCAUCCGUGAUUAUGUCGCUGCCAACAAAGGGCGUGUGACGGCAUUCCCCGCAGACUCGCCCGCUGUUUAUGAGCUGUAUUGGACUCCGUCUCAAGCGGAAGCCCGCGCCCAUCCCAACAUGCUCGAGACCCAGCGUUUCCUGCAGCGUCUGUGGCACUCAUCAGACCCCAAGUCGAGGAUCUCCACUUCCAACCCGCUGACAUACGCGGACCGUCUGCGCAUUAGAGACCCUGGUGAUUCCAAGUUCACUCUUGGCCCGCACGUUGAUGGCGGCUCACUCGAGCGCUGGGAAGACCCCGAGUACUCCAGUGUCUACACCAAGAUUUUGGAAGGCAACUGGGAGCAGUAUGAUCCGUGGGAUGUCCGACACCGUCUGAAUGCCAAGAUGGACAUGUAUAAUGGUGCAGGCGCUUGCUCCAUGCUGCGCUUCUUUCAGGGCUGGCUUUCCAUGUCCGACACUGCACCCGGCGAGGGUACACUCCAUGUGUGCCCCAUGCUCAUCCAUAGCACGGCGUACACCCUUCUACGACCUUUCUUCGAUGCGAAGACCCUCAAGCCCAACCUGGACUCCACUUUCCCCGGGUCCGUUGGAGGUGCUUGCCAAGAAUUCAACCCUGUCACCCACCCCCACAUGGAUCUGGAGACUACCAUGGUCUCCGUGCCCAGGGUUGAGCCCGGUGACUUUGUCGCCUGGCACUGUGACUCUUUGCACUCAGUUGACAAGGAGCACCAUGGCAAGGGCGACUCCAGUGUGUUGUACGUCCCUGCUACGCCGAUGUGCGACAUGAACGUCGAUUAUCUCCUGAAGCAGCGCCAGGCUGCUCUCUCCUACUCGCCUCCGUGGGAUUUCCCUGGUGCUGGUGGCCCCGGCGAGAAGGGAUUCAAGGGUCAAGUAGACUGGUCUUCAUUGAACCCCGACGGACAGCGUGCUAUGGGUCUCGGCAACAAGCCCUGGGAGAUUACCGAUGCCAUGAGCGAGGGUGAGAAGGAGGCUGUGCGUUCGGCCAACAAGGCAUGCUUUGGAGAGUAA